AUGUCUCAUGCUCAAGACCAACAACCACCUCCAUCAUCUUCUGCACCCACCUCUCAUCAUCAAGAGCAACAGCAGCAGCAACCACCACCACCUCCAUCACAACAAAACCAGUCAACUGCUCCACCUGUUCUUUCAUCUCAUCCUCCUCCUCAACCCCCAAUUAAUUCGCUUCAGCAGCAGCAACAACAACCAUCUCCACCCAAUUUACCUCCUCCUCUUCAAUCUUCCCCCACUCACCAGCAGGACCAGCAGCAACAACAACACCCCUCUGCCACUCACUCUCUUCACCCGUCACUUCCGCCUCUCGUCGUUCAUCGACCAAGUGGUUAUCGACCAGCAGCCCUUCUUCACCUUCCAGACCAUCUUGAACACGUAUCGUCAACCGUGCAGCCACCACCAACACAACAGCACACAUCUUCCCAUCUCCAGCACCUGCAUUCGACAAGUCCGACUGAUAGAAUUUCAUCAGAAGAUCAUUCUCAACCGGCAGCACCACCUCCCUCACCCAACCGAAUCGACAUCAACUACCCACCAGCGAUGAGCACGUCACACGUUGCAGCACCAUCUUCAUCUUCUUCGUCAUCUGCGCACUUCACCUCUCAUGUGCCGGUGUCCACUUUCAUCUCAACCCCAGGUUCUCUCUCCCUUCUCACCCACAUCAAAGGUAUGCUCACCAAGGAGUUUGUCAUGACAGACAUGGGCUCUUGCACCUUCAUCCUCUUCAUCCCCUUCUUCUUCCAACGCACCUCCUUCAUCACUCCUUUCCCCUCUCGACAUUAA